AUGAGCAUAGUCAAGGUGCCACAAUUCCUACUUGAAUAUGCAUCAGAAAAUAACCAGCCGUUACGAAUUGUCUGCACUCAACCACGUCGACUACCAGCAAUUGCCGUAGCGAAUCGCGUAGCUAGAGAACGAGGGGAAACUCUUGGUUCUACUGUCGGCUAUCACAUCCGUUUAGAACAGAGGACUUCACCCCAAACUGUUCUCACGUACUGCACGAGUGGAGUUCUGCUGAGGAUGCUUACACAAGAUGAUGCGGCGCGUGACAUAUCUCAUAUUAUCCUUGACGAGAUACAUGAGCGAGAACAAAACACUGAUUAUUUGUUGAUAGCAUUGAAGCAAGCACUGAAAAAACGGAACGAUUUGAAGGUCAUAUUGAUGUCAGCUACCAUGGAAGGCAACUUGAAGCUAUUCACCAAGUAUUUCGGUGAAAAAGUCGAGGUGAAACACGUUGACAUACCGUCUCGAUUGUACAAUGUCGAGCGAUUUUUUCUUGGUGAUGUCAUAGCAAUGACCGGCUUCGUCCCAGAAGAGAGCAUGUUCAGCAGUAUGUUCAUGUCAACUGGCUUUCAAGAAGUGUGCAGCUUUCCAACGAUUGGUGAUUGGUCCAUGAAACCUGAAUGGGAGUCAGAGCUUCCACAAUCGCAUCCACGAAUGCCAGAAACCAUGACCGCUCCAAAUUUGCCUUCGCUAGUUGCUAACAAUUGUGCAACUCCGAGCUCUUCCACACCAGUUGUAGCGGCUGGUCACCUUGUGACAUCGCUUAGCGUGGCUUCUUUAAGCCAACAUUCGAAACAACAGCAUACGGUCAACUUUAUGAAUGUUGCUCAACAACUAGUGAACUCCCAACAAUCAUCAUCUACUCACCAGCAGCAGCAAGCGCCGCCAUCUGUUAAUAUUCCUUCACAAAUAAGUCAUCCCUCUCAACAAUCGACGAUGGUCCCAACCGUAUAUCCUCCACAGCCGGAUGCAAUCUAUGUGCAGCACGCAGCGUAUCAACAGAGUUAUGGGCAACAGCCGCAUGGGUAUCAAGGUGGAGGUGUUCGUCAGGUAUAUUCUCAGCAAACAGGGACCGGAGCUGCUCUCCAGCAUUCAGCUACGUGGGGUGGUAGCAUGGAGCAUUCUUUUCCUGGCGUGUUGCCUUCACAUCCUGACGUCGUCGAUCUCCCUAGCGAAGCACUGGACGCCGAGACUCUUGAACAGUUUCGUCAGAUGGGAUCAUGUGACCCACUUCCAGGCUACAAUAACAACGACGAGAUAAUGACGUCAGUCGGUUAUGGAACUGAAUGGAGAGUGCCCGAUGACGACGUGCAACCGCAGUGGCAAAAUACGGUUCGUUAA